GAAAGGAUAGGAAUUGACCUGCAAAACACCAAAUAUUUCAUGAACUAUCUACGAGAACAAGGCAGAUGAGGCUGUUUAUAUUUCAAAUGGCGAGUUUGCCCUUAUCAAACCCCAUCACCCGAUCCCGCCACCUCCGAACUCCGCAUUCCGACUUACUCCCGCCGAGCGGACAAUUGGUUAACGGGCAGUGGCAUUUCGGUGAUUAUUGCAAAUGCCAAUGUCAGAAAAUUGGGCCCUGCAACCGAACUCAAAAGUAGCCGCGCCUCAUCCUCCUCGUGCCCGAAGAACAGGAAAGAGAGAGAGAAAAGAGGCGAGCGAAUCCCCUCUCCGCCCACUACCUCCUUGUUUGAUCGAUUCGUAUCGGCUAUGAAUCGGGAUCCCAAUCCCUUGGACGACAAGGAGGACGUGAAUCCCUUCGCGACUGCUGCUGGGACUGAUUCAAGAUCGCGCCUUCCAGCAUUGCCAUCGCAGCCUCUGGGUUUUGGUAAUAAAUAUGAUGCCACUGUCAAUGUGCCGUUGGACGCGACCAAUGAUAUGAAGAAGAGGGAAAGGGAGCUAGCAGCUUGGGAAGAGGAGUUGAAGAAGAGGGAAAAGGGCAUACAACGAAGGGAAGAUGCGAUGACUAGAGCUGGCAUCAUGAUCGAAGAAAAAAACUGGCCCCGAUUUUUUCCUAUCAUUCAUCAUGACAUAGGCAAGGAAAUACCAAUCCAAGCACAAAGAUUGCAAUAUCUCGCAUUUGCAAGUUGGCUAGGAAUAGUUUUUUGUCUUUUAUGGAAUGUUAUUGCUGUGAUUGUUUGUUCGAUUAAAGGGGAGGUAAAGUUCUUAUUAGCUGUGUAG